UUGUGUGAUCGCCCAAAGUACUUAAGCGAGAGAUCGAGAGAGCCCAUAACUACGGAGAAAGCUGAGAAAGAAACACGCACUAAUCAAACAAUCUCUUCUUCUUCUUCUUCUUCUUCUGUUCACAAGCAAUCAGAAAAGAAGAGGACACGCCAUGUCCCUUCUCGUCGUCUUGUUCUUCUUCUUCCUCUCGCCGCCGCUCGCCGCCGCCGCCGCCUACACGGAGUACUCGUGCAAUGGCACCCGGGGCAACUUCACGGAGGGGAGCGCGUUCGGGCUCAACCUGGAGCUCCUCGCGGCGGAGCUCCCCGCCAACGCGUCGUCGUCGCGGUCGCUGUUCGCGUCGGCGGCCGUGGGCGCCGCCGCGGCGCCGGAGGACAGGGUGUUCGGCCUGGCGCUGUGCCGCGGCGACAUGAGGGACGCCGCCGCGUGCGCGGGGUGCGUCUCCGGCGCGUUCCAGCGCCUCCGCGCGCUCUGCGGCCGGGACCGCGACGCGACGUACUACCACGACCUGUGCGUGGUGCGCUACUCCGGCGACGACUUCCUGUCGCGGCCGGACGACAACUCGCCGGUGAUCAACGCGCUGGACGCGAACGCGUCCACCUACUACGGGUGGGACGGGCGGAACGCGACGACGCGGAGCUUCUUCCUGUCGCUGGUGGGGACGCUGUUCGGGGAGAUGGCCAUGUACGGGUCGUACAACUCGUCGGCGCGGCGGUACGCGAGCGCCGUGAUGUAUGUGAACCCGCAGCUGCCGACGGUGUACGGGCUGGCGCAGUGCACGCCGGACCUGUCGCCGGCGCAGUGCUGGCACUGCUUCCAGGGGCUCCAGGAGCAGAACCGGCAGUGGUACGACGGCCGGCAGGGCGGCCGGAUCCUCGGCGUCCGGUGCAACUUCCGGUACGAGAGCUACCAGUUCUACGCCGGCACGCCGGACGUCAGGAUCGGCCUGCAAGACGUCGCACCCUCACCAACCGCAAACAAUGGAACCAACCACAGGAAGACCUUAGUUAUCGUUCUAUCCGUGUCAAUCACGGUCUUCUGUUUCAUGCUGGUCGGCUGCCUCCUACUGAUAAAAAAACUACGGAAAGGAGACGGGAGGAAGUCGAAUCGGCAGCUGGAAGCACAUUCCAGGAACAGCUCCAAGACAGAGGAGGCACUGAAGCUGUGGAGGACCGAGGAGAGCAGCACCGAUUUCACGCUCUACGACUUCGGCGAUCUUGCCGCUGCCACGGACAACUUCUCUGAAGAUCACAGGCUCGGCACAGGCGGAUUUGGACCUGUCUACAGGGGUGAGUUGUCUGAUGGAGCCGAGAUUGCGGUGAAGAGGCUGGCAGCGCAGUCCGGGCAGGGGCUGAAGGAAUUCAAGAACGAGAUCCAGCUCAUUGCCAAGCUGCAGCACACCAACCUCGUCAGGCUCGUUGGCUGCUGUGUUCAGGAGGAGGAGAAGAUGCUGGUCUACGAGUACAUGCCCAACAGAAGCCUGGACUUCUUCAUCUUCGACCAGGAGCAAGGGCCAUUGCUGGACUGGAAGAAACGGCUGCACAUAAUCGAGGGCGUCGUGCAGGGGCUCCUCUACCUUCACAAGCACUCACGUGUACGCAUCAUCCACCGCGAUCUCAAGGCCAGCAACAUACUCCUCGACAAGGACCUCAAUCCUAAGAUCUCCGACUUCGGCAUGGCCAGGAUCUUCGGCUCCAACAUGACUGAAGCCAACACCAACAGAGUCGUCGGCACCUAUGGAUACAUGGCUCCUGAGUACGCAUCGGAGGGCAUUUUCUCGGUCAAGUCCGACGUGUUCAGCUUCGGCGUGCUGCUGCUGGAGAUCGUCAGCGGCAAGAGGAACAGCGGCCACCAGCACUACGGCGAAUUCGUCAACCUCCUCGGAUACGCGUGGCAGCUGUGGAGAGAAGAGAGAGGGUGCGAGCUGAUCGACCCGACGCUGGGCGAGUGCAGCGGCAGCGAGGCGGCGGCCAUAAUCCGGUGCGUGAAGGUGGCGUUGCUGUGCGUGCAGGACAACGCGACGGACCGGCCGACGAUGACGGACGUGGCGGCGAUGCUCGGCAGCGACGGCGUCCCCCUGCCGGACCCGCUGCCGCCGCCGCACUACCAGCUGAGGGUCUCCGGCGACGACUACGACGACGGCGGCCGCGGGUCGCCGGCCGGCGGCGGCUUCCGGCCGUCGCGGUGGCGCUUCACCGACUCGUGCAGCACCAACGACGUCACCAUCACCACCAUCGAGGAAGGGAGAUAAUAGCGGUCGAUCGAUCUCACCGGCAUUUCGAUCAUUACGUUUACGCGUUCGCUGGCUGGCCUUCACAUGUGGCCAACGCGUCCUUUUCGUGAGACAUCUGUGAGUGAGUGUACUCCACUUGUGGUCGAUCGAAGUCGAAGAUAGGCAGGGCGCAACAGUGGUGGUUGGCAUGGUUGCAUCACCGUAUGGAUGUUACGUCGUUGUACAGAGACAACUCGUAUAUGGGGAUGAGUACCUGAGCGGCUGAGCCAACAAAGAGGGUGUUUUUUUUUUUUCUUUUGUACAACUUUUGUGUGAAGAGUGUACGACUAAAGCUGGUACGUACAGUGUUUGUUGAUGGAUGAAAAGAAAGUACAAGGAUGGUUGGAUGCAAA